AUGUCAACACUUCCUUCUCAAUACUUUGAGUUUAAAAGUGUCUGGGAAUCAGUUCCUAUAGAGACACGAACAAUAAAUCUGCUACUAGAAAGGUUAAGACUCAUUGAGCAAAGAUUACCAGCAAAGAAUGAUGAAACGGAAGCGUUGUUUGCAAAAUCGAAAUAUAAAAAGAAGAGCGAGCCCAAGACGAAAGAAGAAUUUCACAAAAAGGAUAAAAAAUGCUAUAUAUGUCAUGAAGUUGGACAUAUUGGAAGGCAUUGUCCAGAAAAAAUGAAGAAAAAGAAGCUGACAGAUUCUAAAAAGGACUCGAAAACAGAAGGAGAUGCUUUUCUAGCCAUUGUAGAUGAUGGAAAAGCCUUUUAUACCUCUGUCAACGGUAUUGUGGAUCGAGAUGCCUGGUUGGCUGACUCUGGGGUUUCUACACAUAUGACAAACUGCGAAAAACACUUUGUUACAUAUGAAGCAUUUUCCACACCGAAGACUGUACAAGUAGGAAAUAAAGAAAUAAUUUUAGCCUAUGGAAAAGGUAUGAUAAAUGUUGAAAUGUAUAAAAGGUAA